UGUUCCCCAUAAGAAUUCAAAGCAUUUUUCUUCCCCCGUUUUCCACAGUAACUUUCCCGCCUGAAUUCCCCCCUUUCUGCCCUCUCUCUAAUCCCCAUAACCACCCGAUACGCUUGAGAAAAUUAGGGCACCACACCAUUUCAGCUGAAACUCAAUUUCAAUGAUUUGAACUCAGACCCAGUAAGUUCCAUCUCCGGCGGGUCGUCAAAAAUGGGUAUCCAGGGACUACUGCCAUUGUUGAAAUCUAUAAUGUUGCCCGUUCACGCCAAGGACUUAGAGGGUUGCUGUGUUGCCGUGGACACAUACUCUUGGCUCCACAAGGGCGCUCUCUCUUGCAGCAGAGAGCUCUGUAAAGGCAUUCCCACUUCUAAGCACAUUAACUAUUGCAUGCAUAGAGUAAACUUGCUACGUCAUUAUGGUGUUAAGCCUAUUCUGGUGUUUGAUGGAGGUUUUUUGCCAAUGAAGGGUGACCAAGAGUCUAAACGUGCAAGGGUAAGGAAGGAAAGCCUGUCUCGGGCUAUUGAGCAUGAGUCUAAUGGAAAUCAGACUGCUGCUUAUGAGUGUUACCAAAAGGCUGUUGACAUAUCACCUUCAGUGGCUUAUGACCUGAUACAGGUGUUAAAACAGGAAUGUGUGCAGUAUGUUGUGGCACCAUAUGAGGCAGAUGCCGAAAUGACAUUACUGGCUGUCACCAAACAGGUCGAUGCAGUUAUAACAGAGGACUCAGAUUUGAUUGCCUUUGGUUGUCCUAGAAUCAUAUACAAAAUGGACAAGUAUGGGCAAGGAGUUGAAUUCCAGUUUUCCAUGCUGCAACAGAACAAGGAGUUAAACUUUACGGGUUUCACAAAGCAGAUGGUUCUUGAGAUGUGCAUAUUGAGUGGUUGUGACUAUUUACAGUCUUUGCCUGGGAUGGGUCUAAAAAAAGCUCAUGCAUUGAUGAAAAAGUUCAGAAGUUAUGACAAGGUAAUUAAACACUUGAGGUAUAGUACUGUUGCAGUACCUCCUUUUUAUGAAAAAUCUUUCAAGAAAGCAAUCAUGACUUUCCUGCAUCAAAGGGUUUAUGAUCCUGUUUCUGAAGAAUUAGUUCACUUGUCUGAGGUUCCUGCCGGUGGUGAUGAAGAUCUUGAGUUCCUAGGCCCAUAUCCUUGCAUAAUCACCCAUCUUUCCAUUUUAUUAGUUAUGUGAAAAGUGCAAUCUAUAUUUUAUUUGAGUCUAUUUGUAUUGUAACCUUAAUCGACAAUACAGUGCUUACCCCAGAAGUAGCUAAAGGCAUAGCAAGGGGUGAGCUUGAUCCCCUAACUAAAAUGCCGUUUCAGAAAGAUAUUGAUGGCACUACCUGGAAUUAUACACAAUCUAAUCAACAGAAGAUUUUCAAGCCUGAAGUUCAAAGGAAUAAGCCUGAUUUGCCUGCACAAAAGAAUCUCCUAACCAAGUAUUUUUGUAUUGCUUCGAUUGAAGCUAAACAAGAAUUCAGAGCUCCAUGGGUUGUACCUAUCCAUCCGAAUCCAGAGGAUGGAUCACCUAGUGCAUUGCUGGAUUCUUUCACUGAAGAUGAUUCUUGUGAAUUAGGGAGCUCAUCAGUGUCCCCACCUGUUCGUGAAGACGAAAACAAUGUGGAUGAUAUUGCCAGUGCAACAGGGGAUUGUCAUUUGGAGUCAACUAGUAAUGGAAUUCGUGAGGAGUUGGUCUCAGAUGAUCAAGGAAUGCAUAAUCAAACUCCAUUUCGACAUUCAAUCUGCAAACCCUGUGUUCUGUUGCAUAAGGAUAGGGCUUCAAGCCGCUCGAAAAGCAAGACAAUAAUAACUGAGAAUGGGAAAGUAGUUGUAAGAAGUUCCUAUUUUUUGCCUAAGAAGACUGAGAAGGAAAAUAUCAGUGAUGAGUCCGCCAAUGAUAUAUGCAAGAGCACUAUUUCUGCUGAAGAAUGCCCUUCUGCUUCAGUGGCCAUUGACGCGAAGACGAAAACAGUUAACCCAAUAACCACAUUGAAGAGUUUUGAAUUUCAGUGUGAUUCCACAGAGGAAAAAUAUAAUAGUAAAAUGAAAUCAGAAAAAAAGAAAAUUGUGAGAAGCAGAAAUAGCUUAGAAGAUGCCAUUGCUGCUGAGGUUGAUGAAACUGUGAAGCCUGAGAGUUCCUUACGCUAUAAUGAAGGAACUUUAACUAAACAAAAGGACACUGAAAAAGAACUAAAAGCUAGUUGUAAUACCUUCGGCGAUUCUUCUCCAAAAGAUCAUUGUAAGCCUAAUUUUGCUGAAGAAUGCCCUUCUGCUUCAGUGGCCAUUGAAGGGAAGAUGAAAACAGUUGAUCCAAUAACCACAUUGAGGAGUUUCGAGUUUCAGCAUACUUCCGCUGAGGAAAAAAAUAAUAGUAAAAUGAAAUCAGAAAAAAGGAAAGUUGUGAGAAGCUCAUAUUUUCAGCAACAGGUUUCAUCUAACGGAAAUAGCAUAGAAGAUGCCAUUGCUGCUGAGGUUGAUGAAACCUCUGAGAAUUGCUUACACCAUAGUGAAGGGAAUUUAAGGAAACGAAAGGUUGCAUUCAACAAUGCUAAUGAAAACGAUACUGUAAAAGGACUAAAAGCUAGUCGUAAUACCUUUGGUGAUUCUUCUUCAAACAAUAAAUUUGAUCCUGCAUUUGACAAUUAUGAUUCUACUGGGGAAGUCAAAGCUGAUAAUAUGAAGUUUGGUUCUGAUGUAUCUCAUUUGGGAAAAUACGGUGAAAUAUCUGAAAAAUCAGUGGAGAAAUUUGUUUCAGUAAUCUCUUCAUUUAAGUUCACCUCAAAUGGUUCCCGUGCCAGCGGUCUUCGUGCCCCACUGAAAGACAUCAGGAAUGUAAGCAAAAGCAGUUCACCCAGGGAAAUGGAUCUCGACAGAUUUGUGUAUCUGCCAACUAAGCAGAAGCCAUAUUCAGCUCGCCGCAAAACCUAAACUUGAUGCAUUGGAGUGUUGUAUGCAACAUGAAUUCAAUCCAGAAGAGUUCCUUUGAUCAAAUGUUGUCUGUUUGAUAAGUUCAUGUUUCACUUUCAACCUUGAAAGGCUGCUUGAUCACCAAGUGCAUCACUUGAUUUGUGCCAGUGGUUCUACCUCAACAAGUGUAUCAUGUUCUUCUAUAAUCAUUAUAUUUUGGAUACGAGUUUAGGUGUAUUUCAAAAUAUGGAUGCUUGUGUGUUUCCCAUAUUCAACUUGAAAAUUUUGUUCGAUUUCAUUUUUGUCGAAUACAAUAACAGAAAGAUGUAAGUUACAUAUUUUUCUUUGGCUGAUGCAGUGUUACAUAUAUUA